AUGAAAGAUGAUGUCGAUCCAUUUAAUGAUCCAGGUAUAUACAGGAGGUUAGUUGGGAGAUUAAACUAUCUAACUGUGACUCGUCCAGAUAUUGCUUUUGCUGUAAGUAUUGUUAGCCAGUUUAUGUCCGCUCCUAAGGUCAAACAUUGGGCAGCACUGGAACAAAUUCUAUGUUACUUAAAAGGAGUCCCUGGACUUGGCAUAUUAUACAGCAAUCGUGGGCAUUCUCACAUUGAGUGUUUUGCAAAUGCAGAUUGGGCUGGAUCCAAAAUUGAUAGAAGGUCUACUACCGGCUAUUGUGUCUUUGUGGGUGGAAACCUGGUAUCAUGGAGAAGUAAGAAACAAAAUGUUGUAUCUCGAUCCAAUGCAGAAUCCGAAUACAGGGCUAUGGCACAGACUACGUGUGAGGUUAUGUGGAUACAUCACCUUCUCACGGAAAUUGGUAUAAAGCAUACUACACCAGCAAAACUUUGGAAACAAGAAUGGGAACCAGGAAAAAGGGGAAACUGUUACGGCGAGAAGCUCCCCAUAAAGAACCAAACCAAUAAAACUAACCUCGACUUGCCCACAACGCUGAUGGUGGAAAAAGUACUAGCUAGGCUGGGCUCAAAGGUCUCCGUUCUCAACAUCACUCGCCUUACAGCAUACAGGAAAGAUGGCCACCCUAGCAUUUAUCGCCAAUUUUAUAGUAUACUCUCCCCUGAGGAAUUAGCAAACCCUGCAAGUUACUCGGAUUGCAUCCACCGGUGCUUGCCAGGGGUGUCUUAUUUAUGGAAUGAGCUACUAUUUUAG